AUGGAGACAUUGAUGAAAAUGUUUUUUCUAUGUUUUUCUCUUUGCCUUUUGUUUCCAUUGACCAAAGGAGAUGGUCAGCUAUCAGUCUAUGAUGUUCUACAAAGCUACAACCUCCCAAUUGGUCUUCUUCCAAAUACUACUCUUGAGUACAAUGUGGAUCCCAAUACGGGUCAGUUUUCGGUUAACUUAACCCAACCUUGUGACACUUUUGCAGCCGGUUUUCAAAUCAGUUAUGAACCCACAAUCACGGGUGUGAUAUCUCAAAACAAGAUUGAAGAACUUGAAGGAGUGAAGUUGAAAGUAUAUUUUUUCUCAAUAGGAAUCAAGAAUAUCACUAGAGAUCAAGACAAUGUGAUUGGGCUUAAGGUUGGCUGGAUUACAAGGUAUGGCCCGAUUAGUGACUUUAGUACUUGUAAUGAAUGUAACAAGUUUUUAGCGAAGCGAGAGGCUGAUAGGAAAGAAAAUUAG